AAACAGUCACUUGCGACACUCUCUAAUGUUUCCUUCCCUUGGUUCUUAUUCCAAACGCUACUACUCUCUUCUUCCUCCCCACGUCUUCCACUUAUUCUGAUCCGUUUACAAACACAACGUUCAGCACUUCAUUUCCUUUCAGAUCUCUUUCCCUCUCUCUCUCUCUCUUGAUCAGCAUUUCAUGCACUUCCCAACUGUUCUUUGAUCCGCGACUAUCUUCAGUUCUUUACCACCUCAAAGAUGAAGUUCCGGGCUUCUUCCUCCUUUUUGAAGCAGAUGUGCUCCGCGGUUGUGGCCAUGGUGAAGGCCAAGUCGAUGGCGGUGAAGAGCAAAACCAGUGCCUUGAGGACCAGGCUCCUGGUCCUGAGAAUCCUUCAGAACAAGAAGCUCCUCAUGAAGGCAAUCAACCACAAGAUCCAUGCGCUGAUGGGCCAAGAGAAAGGUGAAGGAGGUGCCCAUUCUGCCGAGGAUCACGACAAGGCGAUCGUGCUCUACGAUGCUGCGAAGAAUGCAGCCCUGACGAACCCAACCGACAAGGAACCGAUGUACUGUUAUGACGACGACGACGACGACGACGACUAUCCAGAUCUGAGGCACUCACUCUUUGACUUGGAAGAAGAAGAAGAAGAUGAUGACGAGCUUGGGAACACCACCGGAUCCGUCAUUGAUCUCGUCAAGAACUCCAAGGAGGAUGGUUCUGAGUUCAGGCUGGAGGACGAGAUCGACCACGCAGCAGACGUAUUCAUCAAGAGGUUUCACAGGCAGAUGAGGUUGCAGAAGCUGGAAUCCUUCAAAAGGUAUCAAGAGAUGCUGCUGAGGAGCGUGUAGGAGCCACAGACAAAGGUAUCAAUCAAUCAUAAUGGCUCGUGGUUCUGCUGAUCCUAUCGAGUGUCGAAAAUAAUGCUCGGCCAUUACCAUAUGGGUGGCAUCAUCCUUCGGUCACUUACAUCGGACCUAAUAAGCUCUAAUAUUAUAUGCAGGUGGCACUCA